AUGAUUUUGAUGAUUAAUGGGGCUACAGAAGACGAAUUGACUUUCCGAGAGUCCUGGGAGCAGAAAAAACGCUUUAACAUGGGCAGAACGUACAAUGAAACAAGACCUGUAGCAGAGGAUGCAAGACCUUGGUUCGAAUCGCCUGCGUUGCCAGCUAUCCCAAGUAUCACGUGGAAAAGAACAGCAUACUAUUAUGAAAGAUAUGUCGUCCACGCCCCGAUCUGCACACUCAGAAGACUUCCAUUUGUGCCUGACCAUACAGGCUCUUAUCUAUUUGACCCCCAUUCCACUACUGCUCCUUCAGCGGACAAAGAUAGCCAAAUGCUUGAAAGAGAGUCCAGAUUCCCCAACAGUGACGCUAUUAGAGACUCAAGUCGUGUCAUUGCACCCCGAGUCAGGUCAGAUUUUACUCCAAAAUCGUACAUCCUCAGUUCCGAGUCGGUGAGACAGACACAUGACUCAGGUCAUCUGGUGUCCCAAACCGUGCCGAUUAAAUCUCCUUCGAUCACUAAACUUUUCGAGCAACCAGCAGACGCACCACCACCAUCUCCAACUCCCAUACAAAAAGAGCAACAGGUGAUUGAGGACAGGCCAAUCAAGUCUUCAGAUUCGAACUCGUCUUUUUUCUAUAAGAUCAGAAUUAGGCGAAAAAAUAAACCUCAGGAUCCCACUUUAGGAAAUUAUGAACUUGUCAGACAAGCGAUCAGAGACUGUCUUCCAAAACCAGAUUAUGACGAUGGAUCUAUCGGUCCCAACAUGGUUAGGUUUACUUGGCAUUGUUGUGCCCAUUUCGACCGUGAUUCAGGUACUGGUGGUAGUAAUGGGGGUACAAUGAGAUUCGCUCAGGAAUUCAAUGAUCCCGGAAAUACGGGGCUCCACACUGCAAAAUCGUAUCUGGAUCAAAUUCACGAGAAAUACCCAUGGAUAUCUUUUGCUGAUCUGUAUACCUUAGGAGGGGUGGUUGCCAUUGAAGCCAUGGGGGGACCUGAGAUUGAGUGGAAACCAGGAAGAACCGAUUGUCCAGAUUCUAACAAAGUGCCUCCGAUGGGAAGACUUCCACUAGCUACCAAAGGUACUGAGCACCUUCAUGAGGUAUUCACUCAACGUCUUGGAUUCAAUGACCAGGAACUUGUUGCGCUAAUUGGUGGUGGCCACACGUUGGGGGGCUGUCAUGUGAAGUUUAGUGGAUUUGACGGCAGUUGGACUCCCCAUCCAAUAAAGUUUGACAAUGAGUUUUUCAGAGUGUUAUUGGAAGAUACAUGGAACUUCGAGCAAGUGCCUUUGACGGGUAUGCCACAAUAUUACAAUUCCAAUCACAGCUUGAUGAUGCUGCUCACAGAUAUGGAGUUGAUCAAAAAUCCUACAUUCAGAUACUGGAUCGAAGUGUAUGCAAAAGAUUCGGAACUAUUUAUGAGAGACUUUGCUCUAGUGUUUGCUAAACUAUUAGAACUGGGAGUGAACAGAGACCCUGAUGGGAUUGCUCGGACCAAAGUUUAG